AUGACGUUGAGUGCCCGCCCCAAGACAGUCGAGCAGGGUGAAUGGACUGCCCACCAAGUGGUCGAGCAUUACCGAAACCUGUGGAAUUUUGUCCGUGUCCUUCAUGAGAAAGAGGAUGACGGUACCACCAUCUGCAACGCGACGACGUGCCCGAAGAUGUCGGCUGGGGCAAACCACUCCUUCACGUGGCUGAACGCCCAGCGCGAGCCCGUCGAGCUGCCUGCUCACGAGUACAUGACGCUCAUGCAGAGAUGGAUCUCGGGCAAGAUCGACGAUACCAAGAUCUUCCCGUCAGACCCCGCUGGUGUCUCAUAUGCUCACAACCCAGCCAUCACCACCACCCCUCUCUCUCAGCUCUCCAAUCCGAACGAGAAGGACUAUGUGGGCAAGCGAUCUGGUUUCCCCGAGCCGUUCAUUGAUGUUUGCCAGACCAUCUUCCGUCAGAUGUUCCGCGUAUACGCUCACCUCUACUGGGCUCACUUUGUUGACCCCUUCUACCAUAUCAACCUGGAGAAGCAGCUCAACAGUUGUUUCAGUCACUUUAUCCUGACAGCGACCGCUCUAGAUAUGCUUAAACCCUAUGAAUUGGAGCCGAUGCAGGCUCUGAUCGAUCUCUGGGCUGCCAACGGUACCUUCCCCCGAGUCCAAGGCCUACGAGGUCUGGCGCACAGGUGA